AGAAAAAUGGAAAAACUUAACGAACUGUGAGUGAGGGAAAAGACUAGGAGCCAGCUCUGAGGUCCCAAACAUUUAGGCGGAGCUUUCAAUCACACAGCGACUCUCACUCUCCUCGUUUUCAUCGAACUUUUCUAUUCCCAUCUCCUUCAUAUCCCCCAACACAUUCUUUCUUCUUCCUCCCUCUUUACUCACACACUUUCUCUCUGAUUUGGUCCCAAAACUUCGUUAUCCUUCACUUGUGCAGGCUUUCCUUUAUUGUUUUCUCGAUAUGGACGCCACAAUGCACAUGUGCAAAUCUGCUACUUCGCCACCUGGAUUGUUUUUGUGGAGAAGUCAAGGAAUCAGGAGCUCUCAAUGUAGCUUUAUGGUGGGAAGUAAAGUGAACUUUCCCAGGCAAAGAGCUCAAGGUGUUAGAGUUAGUUAUAAAUCUAAGAAGCAAGGAGGAGCUCUCAAUGUUACUUGUCUUGAGGAUAAAAUUCUGGUGGCAAAUAGAGGAGAAAUAGCUGUUCGCGUUAUUAGAACUGCGCAUGAGAUGGGGAUACCUUGUGUUGCUGUUUACUCCACCAUAGAUAAGGAUGCCCUUCAUGUGAAACUGGCUGAUGAAGCGGUUUGCAUUGGUGAAGCACCAAGCAAUCAAUCGUAUUUAGUGAUUCCAAAUGUUCUAUCUGCUGCCAUCAGCCGUGGAUGUACAAUGCUGCAUCCUGGAUAUGGUUUCCUUUCUGAGAAUGCAGUAUUUGUUGAAAUGUGCAGAGAACAUGGAAUCAACUUUAUUGGGCCUAAUCCUGAAAGUAUCCGUGUAAUGGGUGACAAAUCAACUGCCAGAGACACGAUGAAGAAAGCAGGUGUUCCAACUGUCCCAGGAAGUGAGGGAUUACUUCAGAGCACAGAGGAAGCAGUUAAACUUGCAAACGAGAUUGGAUUUCCUGUAAUGAUCAAGGCAACAGCAGGUGGUGGAGGACGUGGUAUGCGACUCGCUAAAGAACCUGAGGAGUUUGUAAAGUUGUUACAGCAAGCUAAGAGUGAGGCUGCAGCUGCAUUCGGGAAUGAUGGAGUUUAUUUGGAAAAGUACGUCCAAAACCCAAGGCACGUUGAAUUCCAGGUUCUUGCAGAUAAAUAUGGGAAUGUGGUUCACUUUGGAGAACGUGAUUGCAGCAUUCAGAGAAGGAACCAAAAGUUGCUGGAAGAAGCACCAUCUCCGGCAUUGACCCCGGAGUUGAGGAAAGCUAUGGGGGAUGCAGCAGUUGCAGCUGCAGCAUCUAUUGGGUAUGUUGGGGUUGGAACGGUGGAGUUCCUUUUGGACGAAAGAGGGUCCUUCUACUUCAUGGAAAUGAACACUCGGAUUCAGGUGGAGCAUCCGGUGACAGAGAUGAUAUCAUCGGUGGACCUGAUAGAGGAACAGAUAAGAGUGGCGAUGGGAGAAAAGCUUCGCUACAAACAGGAAGAUAUUGUGCUCCGAGGACAUUCCAUUGAAUGCCGUAUCAAUGCCGAAGAUGCUUUUAAAGGAUUCCGACCUGGCCCAGGAAGAAUAACAGCAUACUUGCCAUCUGGAGGUCCAUUUGUUAGAAUGGAUAGCCAUGUUUAUCCUGAUUAUGUAGUUCCUCCAAGCUAUGAUUCCCUUCUUGGAAAGCUUAUUGUAUGGGCACCUACAAGGGAAAAGGCAAUUGAUCGCAUGAAAAGGGCUCUUGAUGACACCAUUAUUACAGGGGUUCCUACAACCAUAGAAUACCACAAACUCAUCCUGGAUAUAGAGGAUUUCAGGAAUGGCAAGGUUGAUACUGCAUUUAUUCCGAAACACGAGGACGAGUUAGUUCCGCCCCAGGGCAUAGUGCCGGCAAGUUCAGCAAAAGAACUAGCUAAAGCUGCCGCUUAGAGAUGGAAUAUUAGUAACCGCAAGAGUAAAUGAGUUUUAGCUUCAUAAAAAGCGUUUCUUUAUUGUAUUUUUUGUUGUAUUAAUUUAUGGCUUUGCCUAUAUUAAUAUUACUACCACUGGCCGAUUUAAGUAGGGAUUUGGUUUGCAAUUUUGAUAAAAUUAUUUGGUGGGUGCCACUAUCUUUUCCUUUUA